UAUAGUAAGUAUAGAUAAAACUCACAACAAACUUCCUAUUAAACAUGCCACAACAAACUAAACAGGAUAUGUGCAUCUUAUUUUAAAAACUUAAAACUCACAACAAACUUCCUAAAUAAAUGGAUGACCAAUCUAAAACUAAACCCUAAUGGACUACUAUAAAUACAUAGCAAACACUCACAAUUCUACAUUUCUAUUGCUAAACAGAUUUAAAAUAUGGAGCCAGUUCUGAAUUCACUUGAUGCGAAAAAACAAGCAUGCGAUAUUGAAAAAUCUAAGGAUGAUGGUGAUAAUAGUGUUGAAAUUAUUUCUUAUGGUGCAAUGUUCAGUCCAUACAAGUCUAAGCUUCAACGUCAAUUUAGUGAAGAGGAUCGGAAGUAUGAGAAUCAAAAGAAAAGAUCUAAGAGACUCUCUGAAUGGAAAUGGGUCGAGGUUAUAAAUUUAGAUGAUUCUGAGGACGAUGAGAAAGAAGAUGAAUUAGAUGAUACUGCUGAUUCGAGCACAAACAAGAAAAACGGAUCAAAAAAGUAGAGAUUUUAGAUGAAAUAUAUCAAGUGUUUUUAUGUUUUUUUCAUUUUCAGUUGUUUUUGUUUGAUAUAGACUAUCCCAUGAAUAAUAAAGUUUAUUUUAUAUUUGAAGUUUA